GUUACCCUCAUCCUUUGUAUGGUUUCGUUUUCAAAAAACAGGGUGCCUGAACACAGCGGAGAGCGGUCUGCGACACCAGUCGGUGCUGAUGGAGUCUGAUCAUGGAUGAGGAGCUGGACCCUGCCGAUGAAAAUGUGAACUCCAUCUUGGCUCAGGAAUACUCAGAACUGCUCAGCAUCCUUCGCUGUCAGUCGGACUCCGUCAUAAUGCAUCUCUGCCAAACGAUGCCAAGUGAUGCCGUUAUACUUAACAAGGAACCAACCAUUGGCUCUGCUACAGCACCAGACCACAUUAAAGCCAUGCUGGAGUACUUCACACAUGCUAACCCUGCAGAAUGCUGCAACUUCCUUCAGAGGGUUUGUCUUUUAUGUGAAGACAUCCCCAUGCAUCUGGAGUCGAAGCUCAUGUCUGUGGCUGGAUAUGCCAGCAGUAAGUAUGGUACUUCCAGCGUGACAGAUUGGCAGCCUUUAAUGCCACCUGCAGAGGAGCAACUCAUCAAACGCCCACGGAUUGAUUACUGGGAGCAGUACAAGACUGAAGUGGCAAGUUUCCUGCAAAGGAGGUGGAAGCGAAUGUCCGAGGGUCUGGUGAAGGAUACACAGCCGGACAAAGUUUGGGUCAGCAUAAAAACUGCAAACAGAGCCAGGGACAGACCCGAUCAGACCCCCAGCUCUGCAGAAAGAGGCAGCAGAACACCAGAGCCUGACUGUGAUUACGGAUGUCCAGAGUCCAGACUUACUCUUGAGAGCUUUCUGCAAGGAUGUGCAGGAAAAGUGACAGUUCUUUGUGGUCAACCUGGAUCAGGAAAGACUGUGCUGAUGUCCUCUCUUGGGCAGCAAUGGGCUGAAGGAUUAGGCCCGAUUCCUUCAUCCCACCUCUUUGUCCUGCUGGAGUUUCGUCAGCUCAACCUUCUGUCCUCCCCUCUCUCUCUGUCUGAGCUGCUGUUUCACCACUACCUCCCAAUGAACGGGGAUAAUGAUGCAAAGCAAGCCAUUGUGGACUACCUCAUUUCCAACCCAGAGCAGAGCUGCUGGGUUCUGGAUGGCUACGAUGAGUUUCAUAAAAAACUGAAGAAACAGAAAGUUCAAAAUGAGCCUCUGGACUCAGAAAAACCUCUGCAUGUCGCAGAGCUAAUCUCGGGCUUGUUGAACCGUCGACUUCUGGCAGGAAGCAGCGUGCUGGUCACAUGUCGUCUACGAGAUGUGAUCGAUUUGGACGGUCUGCCGGACAAAGUGGGGCAGCUGCUGCCGUGGGACCACCAGGAGAUCAAGGAGUAUAUCAAAAGCUUCUUUGAUCUUAAGGAAGGAAAUCUUGGACCUGAUGCAGCAGGCAUACUUUUCUCUAAUCGACACCUCCUUGCCAUGUCCUCCCUCGCUGCCCUCUGCUACAUCUGUUGCGUCUUUCUGCAAAACCUACUGCGCCAAUGCCGAGAUGAAGAAGGGAGGCAGAUACUGAAAGAAAAAGGAGCAGAAGCCAAGAAUCAGGAUCAAGAAAAAAGGGAACCAAUGGCUGGUGGAGAGGGCAACUUACAAAGAGCACAACAAAGCAGACAAACUCUUAAGGGUGAACCGACAUUUAUGCAUGAUAAAAAAAUAAGCCCAGGGUUAUCUUGCACUUUAGCGCAAAUCCCUGCAACCCAGACUCAGAUCUACCUCGCUGCUGUUGGUGCGUUUCUCAGUCGGUACCCUCAGCAAAGAGCACAAAGAGACGGUGCAGAGACCCCAGGAAUUCCUCAUAGUCUGUAUUCAGCUGAACUGUGUGAGCUAAGCCAGCUGGCAUGGCGAGGCGUGGAGGAGAGCAGGAUUAUCUUUUUGGAAGAAGACGUUCCACGUCAUAUUUUGGAUUUAUCCAUCAAGACCGGACUCUUCUCACAGGUGGAGUUCAGAUCCCAAGGUGGAUUUCUCGCUAGCGCUUACUGCUUCGUUCAUCUCACGGUGCAGGAGUUUCUGGCUGCGCUCAGGAUCAUGACCAGCAGUGAUGUUAGUGAUGCAGACCUGAAGAAGAGAUUCAGCCUGAAAACUCGUUGGACGACUAAGUCUGACCAGAAGACAGUAUUUACUGAUUCCCUCUACCUGUACGUCUGUGGUCUGGCCUCGUCAGACUGCACUCCAGCUCUUGUUCUUGUUGCCAAGGCAGCUGGCAUAAAAGGAGCCCAGAAUUGGGUCCAAAAACGCCAAGCCCUCGUUCUGAAACUACUGAAAGCUUUGUGUCACAGCGCCGCUCUGACUGGACCAAAGAUUUUGCAGCUCUGCCACUGUGUUCAGGAGAGCCAGAACCAACAACUGGCGCAGCAGGUUGUGAGUGUGCGACCCACCCUGGAACUGCGGAACUUCUGGCUCUUACCCAGUGAUAUUGAUGCGCUGGCGUUUGUGGUCAAUUCAGUUAACAACACCGGUGUUGGUUUGGACUUUGGCGCCUGCUCGAUGGAGCUGGAGUGUUUAGAUGCUCUAUCCCAGUGUCAGUACCUUCAUUUCCUCAGUUUUCGCAGCCGCAAGUAUGGCGAUAAGUUUGCAGAGAAGCUGUCCUCCAUUCUACCUCGAUUCACAGCGCUAAGAAAACUAGAGUUCUGUGGUGCCAGUCUGACUGCUGCAGGGGCUGCGAGUUUGGCCUCUGGUUUGCAGUGCUGUCCCAGCAUCACUGAGCUCAAUUUUAGUGACAAUAAUCUGCAAAAUGAAGGAAUCAGACACAUUGCUGACGUUCUUGCCAAACUACAAAACCUGGUCUCUGUAAAGCUGGGACGAAAUAACACUUCCUUGAAAGCAGCAGAGUGUCUUGUUGAACGUGUGUCUACUUGUUUGAACAUCCAGCAGGUUGAUGCAGAUGGGGUAAAAGAGUUAACAGUAACUUUUUUACAAAAAUCGGAAUCAAACAGCCAUAAAAUUAAGUCAGAGCCAACAGUGAGAUUGUUGAAUCAGAAGUGGAGUAAAUCUACCAUGCAAAACCUUGCCAAGUCGCUGUCCUGCUUUCGCUCCAUGUCUGUUCUGGAUCUUUCUGGAGGCGAUUGGGAUGAGGAGAGUUUGAGAAUGCUGACUCAGUUUGUGCCAAGGUUCUGCAUCACUGAGAGGAUUAUCUUGAAUGGCAGCUGCUCAUCAGUGCAGGGUGUGGUUGAUAUCACCGCCUUGCUGUCUGACUGUGAUUCUGUGAUGGACAUAAACAUCAGGCUGCAGGAUCCAGUUGAAGUUUCUGUUUUUUUCUCUGGAGGGAGACAUAGAACUGAACAUGUUCUUUCCAAAACUCUCUGCCUUAGCUGCUGUAAUCUUCAACCCAAUGACCUGGAAAGAAUUUGGAGAAGUUUGGGAACGUCCUCUGAUCUCUCUCACUUGGACUUGUCUUUUAACAAAUUAGGCGACAAAGGACUAAAGAAGUUGUUGGAUUUCCUGCCUCAUCUCAGUCGAGUCCAACAAGUGAAUUUCAGCACCAAUAGCAUCAGCGUGGAUGGAGUGGUAAUGCUGGCAGAUGCUUUGUGUGUCAUUCACAGAUUAACAUCAAUAUACACAAGUAACGGAGGCAAAGACCAGGUGAUGCUACAGUUCAGUUCUGACACAAGUGAUGGAAAACCUAACACAAAGAUAUUCAGAGUUCAUGAAACCUCACUGACACCAUGUGAUGUAAACAAAGUGUGCAGGAAACUGGUCCAGUGUCGCUUCAGUUUGGAGUUGGAAUUCACUCGAUGCUCAUUUAUUGAGAAAUCUAUUGAAAAUCUGAUGAGAGUGUUGCCAAAGAUGUUGUCGCUGCGGAGGCUCAAUCCUCAGGGUGAAUCCUUCAUUUAUUUUGAAGAGGUAAAGAUGAAAGAAGUAAGCUGCAGGCUGACAGAUUUUUCUUUCAAAGGACCCAACUACGUAUUUUUGGACAGCCUAUUUGGGAUUCUGCAGCAGGCCCAGCAGCUCUCUUUUCUUGAUUUAUCAGGAAACCAGCUGGAAGAUAAAGGGGUGAGAUGUUUAUUGAAAUAUCUCCCAAGGCUUAGAGUCAGCAGCUACAUAAAUCUUAGUAAGAACAGCCUGAGCCGGCUGGGGCUGUUAGAUGUAGCCAGAACCCUGUGUACCUGCACUAACGUUUCUGCUGUGGAAGUCAGUUUGGGGGAAGAUGAAAGGUGUCUGAUAUGGUUUAGACAAAAAGAAGGAGGUGAAAAAACUCUCAGUGUCAGAGACAGCAUGCUGCAACGUGACCAUCUGCUGGAAUUAGCAGAGGUUGUGUCCAGCUGUCCCAGUUUGACCAAAGUAGAAUUAAAGAACAACAAGCUGCAGUCUGAGUGGAUUGAAAACUUUGUGACAGUUUUUAACUGUAAUCUAAAAGGAUGCACUUUCAGUAUUGAAGAAUGUUGGAUUGGCACUGAUGAAGCCGUGCGCUUACUGUGCCGCUGCCUGCAGCUCUGCAAACCCAUUCAAACGAUCAGGAUCGACCAUGCUACACUACAGCUGGUCCUGAUGAAAAACUCUGAAAUCAGCCAAAUCAGUUUCUCCAAUAACAGACUGGGUGUGGAAGGAGCUGAAUUACUCUGUUCUCUUCUGCCCUCAUUGCCAAAGCUCACAUCUAUCAGUGUUGGAAUUAAAGACAAUAACAUCUGCGUGGUUGAGGAGCUCUUACACGUCAUCCUGAUGUCUACAUCUGUUCAGUUUUUAAGCCUGUCUGGUGUUUUGAUAAGUGAUGCAGCGGCUCAGACCUUGAUCGACUUGCUGCCUCGGCUUCAAUCACUCAGUUUGUCCCAUUGUGUUUGGUCAGCAGCUGCAAGGCUGCAGCUUAUUGAAGCACUGCAGGACUGCACUGCUUUAGAAGAUCUUUGUCUGGAUGCAGCAAUGCAGCUGAAUGAAAACGGCUGUAGAUGUUUGGCUCAAGCUCUGAGGAUUAUGGACUCUUUAAAGAUUCUCAAGCUGAACGAAAUCAUAAAAACCUCAGAACCAUCAGAAGCAGAUGCUUUGGACCUUCUGGCUGGAAUAGAAAAGCUCACUCAGAUCCAGCAGAUAGAGUUAGGUGGCUGGAGGAUGGCUGAUAGAGGAUUACAGGCACUGACUGGAAUCCUUCCUGUCUGGAAAAACCUCAGGAAGAUCAGUCUCCCUAAGAAUCUCCUGAGUGAUUCCUGUGGAGAGAAGCUGCUGGAAGCUGUGAGGAGUUGCAUCCAUCUGGAGGAGCUCCAUCUGUCCAGUAAUUUUCUGGGUGACCUCACGGCUGCCAGAAUGUCUCUUGUCCUCCCAUCAAUGACGCAGCUCGCUGUACUGGAUAUUUCGGAAAACAGAUUUGGAAGUGAGGGCCUGCUCAGUCUGUCCAAAGCAAUAAUGGGUCUAAAGAGCCUCAAAAAGAUCCACUUGACGUCUGUGGGGGAUGCAGAGCUGGGUGCUGUCGCUGCCAGUUUGAGACACUGUCCCGUCAUACAGGAUGUGGGCUUUGGUUGGAAUAACUGCGGAGAUGAUGUGGCGCUGGAGCUCUCUAAAGUUCUUCCUUUUUGCCACGAUCUGAAUCGCAUCGACCUGGAGUGCAACAGUGUGAGUGCUGUGGGAGUGAAGGCUCUGGUUAAAGCAUUAAGGUCCUGCCCUGCUCUACAAGUCAUCAGGCUGUGGAAGAAUAACGUCUCUGUGAGUGAAGCUCAGACGUUCAGCCAGAUGGAGAGGAGACUGAACUUCUCCUCCACCUAAUGUGAUCUGUACCGCAGGGCAGUGGAGAACAAACUGCAGCUUCACCACCUACUGCUUCAGGCACAAAUAAAUAUAUUUAUCCUUUCCAGAUGCUUUAUUAAAUGAUGUACAGAAAGGCGGAGAGAAGACAUAUUUUUGUCUGCUUUAAAGCAUAAAUGCUGCAUAUCUGAGCCUCUAGUUUCGCAAGAGAAAACUUGUUCCAGUUGUUUUCACCGUUUUUGUCCCUCGUAGGUUAGAAAACCAUCACAGAUUUGUCACUGAAGCAACCAACUGGGUUAAUUUGGUCAAUGAAAAUAUAGAAAUUACAUUCUCUAAAAAUGUACAUCAGCUGAGUCUUAGGAAAUAAUAAAAAAGAAAAAAAAGAAUCAGUCUAAGUUUGUACCACAGAUCUCAGAAGUUGUAACAACUGUAAUGAGCUUGUUAUUUUUGAUCUGAUGCGAUCCCCCAGGACACAGUUUCUGCUACGAAACUAAAGGCCACCUUUUAUGUUUUUCUUCUUAUUUUGGCACUGGAAUACUUUUCUUUGUAUUUCUACAGACUCUGAUUUAAUGAGUCACUUUGCACUGUGUAACAGGGACCACAUUUGUGAAAAACACCAUAAGUCAAGAAUCUGCUGUAAACAGGGGGUUUCCUCCCUGAUCAUCAUGAAAGGUUGUGGUCUCUGUCAGAAUACGUAUUUAUUUCUGCUUUAAAUGGAAGGAUGAGCAGCUUAUUUUUUUAUUAUCUAUUUAUGUUUUGUUGAAACAGUUUUUGCAUGGUUUUCAUCUUGUAUUAAUUUUCUAUCUUAAGACUACUUGAUAAAGUGAGAACAGACUUGGUUUUGAAAUUUCAGCACCUUAUUGUGUGCUUUGCUCUUUUACUUGUAAACACUGGUGGAAAAAAAUGGCUUUUUGGGUUUUAAUGUGGAUCAGCUGAUUUUGUUAAUGUUUCAGCUUUCACAGAACUUCCUUUGUGUCUAUACCUUUGGUACAAACACUGUCUUCCGGGUUUUUUUUUCUAUUUUGAUUUAAGCUGUUUGCUCCAUUUACAAAUUUUGUGCCAGUUUGAUUUUAUU